AUGUCUUCGCCUGGCGCAGCAGCAGCAGUGGCCCAGGCCGCCGGCCAGCCUGCGCAGCAGGAGCAGCAGCCGCGACAUGGCUUCAACUUCAACCGCCUCUUCCUCGGCGGCGCCGUCUACCUGGGCAUCAACGUCCUCAUCUCGUACAUGACGGCCAAGGACCAAAAGGGCGUCCUCAAGACCGACCCCGCGACCGGCAAGACCGUCACCGUCACCGGAAACACGGGGAGCAUCCCGCCCUUCCAGUUCCGCCCCAAGGAGCUCGACGAGGGCGCCACGUACUCGCCGAUCCCCCGAAAGAUUGCGCCCAUCUGGCCCCAGGACAGCCAUGUCGACAUUGUCGUGACGCUGUCGCCGUCCUUCAACCCGACGCCCAUCUCCGAGACGCCCGCCGAGUACCUCGUCCUGCAGGAGAAGAACUUUGGCAUGGGCAACAGCUCCGAGGCGCGCACCAUUGAUACCACGUUUCCCGUCCCCAAGGCUGUGCAGAACAAUGGCACGCUCUGGGGGCACUUCUACAUUGGCCUCACCGGCAGCGCGCUCGACCCCAAGCAGCCGGGCUAUGAUGCGGGCAAGGCCUAUCACUUUGCCUACCCCAUGACGCAGUACCUGCCCAAGAAGAAGGUCGCCAAGACGAGGAACCUGCUCGAGGCUCGCACCGAGAACGAGGAAGAGGAGCCAGAGGAGGAGGUGCCUACGGGGCCCAUCAUCACGAACCACUACCACCCCAACGCCAGCUUCGCCUUUGUCCCCGCCAUGGGCGUCAGAGACUUUGCGCAGCUUCCCCCGGCCGUCAAGCAGUUCCUGCGCCUCGAGGCGACGGGUGCCCGCGAUGGCAGCGGCCAGAAUGGCUGGUACUAUCCCCUCUUGUUCGUCAACACCUUUUGGCAGUUGACGAACCACAUGACGCCCCUCAACGAGACUGUCAAGGAGCUUCCGCUGCACAUUGACCUCAAGAACAUGGCUUUCUGGCAGUUCCAGAUCAUGUCCUCGAUCGAGAUGAACGCCAAGGAGUCUGCCCGUCAGGCCGCCUUUGGCGCGUCGCUGCCCGGCGGCGGAGACGGCACCGAGAUUGAGAUGGUCAAGGAGAUUUUCAUCGACACCAACCCCAUCCUGCUCGGCAUCACGGCCUUUGUCACCGUCGCGCAUCUGAUCCUGGAGACACUGGCCUUUGGCUCCGACAUUGCGCACUACCGCAAGAAGAAGGACAAUGUGGGCAUCUCGGUGCGCUCGAUCCUGGCCAACGUCUUCAUGCAGACCGUCAUCUUCCUGUACCUGCUCGACAAUUCGCAGAACACGAGCUGGAUGAUUCUCGGCUCGCAGGUCGUGGGCAUCGUCAUCGAGUUCUGGAAGAUUACAACUGUAGUCGACGUUCGCCUCAGGCCGUCGCCGCCCGGAUCGUUGCUGCCGUACCACGUGGUGUUUGAGGACAAGCACAAGCUCACCGAGACGGAGGAAAAGACCAAGGAGUACGACGAGAUUGCCUUCCGGUACAUGUACAUGGCGGCGGUGCCGCUGCUCAUCGCCUACGGCAUCUACUCGCUCGUGUACGAGUCGCACAAGUCGUGGUACUCGUUUGUCAUCACCACGCUCGUGGGCUCCGUGUACACGUACGGGUUCCUCAUGAUGGUCCCGUCGCUGUACAUCAAUUACCGCCUCAAGAGCGUGGCCCACAUGCCGGCCCGCGCCAUGAUGUACAAGUUCUUCAACACCUUCAUCGACGACCUGUUUGCCUUCACCAUCAAGAUGCCGAUCCUGCACCGGCUGGCCACGUUCCGCGACGACGUCAUCUUCUUCAUCUACCUGUACCAGAAGUGGGCCUACAAGGUCGACUACACGCGCGUCAACGAGUUUGGCCAGGGCGGCGACGACGACGAGCAGCCCGCGGGCGUGGUCAAGAAGGACAAGGAGGAGGGCGAGGCCAAGAAGCUGGCCGCCGAGGCGGUCAAGGAGACGGAGGCCAAGGCCAAGGCUUCGGGCAGCGAGGCUGCUCAGAAGGCGACCAAGCGGAGGUGA